AUGGAGGCCGGCGGCUCCAGGGGCGACGUGUCCGUGGAGGACGUCCUGGGGAAGGCCCAGCGACAUGGCGCGAAGUCGAUGCGCUUCGACAAGCGGACGUUUGACGAGCUCAAGGCCAAGGCCCUGAGGAAGGCGCAGGAGAUACGCAAGAAGGCGGAGUCCGCCACGGCGGAGAACCUCCAGCACGCCAGGCACGUCGCGCGGGACAUCGCGUCUAGCAAGGAUGCCCGCGACGCCGGCAGGAAAGUUUGGAGCCUGUGGAAGAAGGUGGACACGGGGGCCUUCGCGCAGGGCCUCGCGCGCGCCCUCGUUUGCCUCUACUUCGUGAACCUCGUCUACGAGGACCUGGAGUCCUGGAUGUUCCUCAACCAGCCGGAGUCGCGGGCGCGAUUCAUCGCUGCCAACCGCAAGUCCUUCCUGCCCAGUUUCCCUUGGAUGGGCGUUUGCGUUUUGCUGCCAUGCGCCGCGCUGGCCACGCUGGGCUACUACGUGCCCAUCACGGCGUCGGCCCUCCUGCUGGAUAUGCUGAAGGAGAGCGCCAGCAUGAUCUGGACGGGGCUGAAGAUGCUGUUCCUCUUCGGCCGUCGGCCCAAUGAGCUCAUGGUGAAGCGGCUGGCCAUGGUCGGGUGCUCUGCCCUCGUGCUUGCCAACUCCGUGAAGAAUCACAAGAAGCUGACCAGCUACGCGGGUCCACUCUUGUCGAAAAGCAACGACGGCCCUGGACACAGGAAGUCAAUUGCUCUGUUGUUUGGCCGUUUGCUGAUGGCCGUGCUAUUUGUGUACGUUGGGUAUGUGCAGAUACGCAGAGUGCUCGCAAGGGACUGGUCGCUGUGGCGAAAGAAGGGCCGAGACCACUGGGGCAUCAAAGAUGGCCAUGACAACAAUUGGCUACUGCUGGAGUUUGCACUGUCACUGCCUUUUGCUGUGGGGUAUCAGACAGAAAUCGUCUCCAGAGGCCUCUCUUUGAUUCUUGCCCUUGAAGCAGUCACAUGCUGGCCUUUCUGGUCAACAAGAUGGCCAACAUGGCACUACAAGUCACAUGUUCGGGCUCACUUCGUGACAAACCUGGCAGUCUCUGGAGGAUUGAUAAUGUUACAGAGUUUUGGUGCUGGCAAGUACACUGUUGACAGGCUGCUAAAAAGGGACUAG